CAAUUUCUUCUCCUCCUCUUCGCGUUUCAUCCAAGGCCCGCUCGAUCUUGUUGCAGUAUCCAUUGCCGCGCUCUCUCCGGCGCCAAGAAAUAUAGCCAUCUUCUAAGAUGUCGACAACCGGAGCCUAUAAUCUUCCGAUGUGCACACUGCGAAACAGCAAGCUCUCUUCUGCUAAACUUAGAAAUGUCUACAAUGUAUCCUCUUUGAAACACUUUCAGCUGAAUUCCAUCACUUUAUCUUCUACAAGAACAGGGAAGAUUGCAACUAGAGCUAUGUCUGGAUCUAAUGAACACCAACCAGUCUCUGGGUUGCCGAUUGAUUUAAGAGGUAAGCGGGCAUUCAUUGCUGGUGUAGCUGAUGACGAUGGUUAUGGUUGGGCAAUAGCAAAAUCUCUUGCUGCUGCCGGAGCUGAAAUCAUUGUUGGUACGUGGGUGCGUGCUUUAAACAUCUUUGAAACCAACUUGCAACGUGGAAAGUUCGAUAAAUCUCGAUCAUUGCCAGAUGGAUCGUUAAUGGAGAUCACCAAAAUAUACCCCCUGGAUGCAGAUUUUGACAAUCCUGAGGAUGUUCCUGAAAAUAUAAAAACAAAGAAGCAGUAUGCGGGUUGCAAAAAUUGGACAGUUCAGGAGGUAGCAGAAUCAGUUAAGAAGGAUUUUGGAAGCAUUGACAUCCUUGUGCAUUCAAUUGCAAAUGGACCAGAGGUAAGUAAACCUCUCUUAGAGACCUCCAGGAAAGGUUACCUAGCGGCUUUAUCUGCAUCAAGUUACUCCCACAUCUCUCUUCUCAAGCAUUUCGCUCCUAUAAUGAAUCCAGGCGGUUCGUCGAUCUCUCUUACAUACAUUGCUUCCAAAAGGAUCAUUCCUGGAUAUGGGGGAGGUAUGAGUUCAGCAAAAGCUGCACUGGAGAGUGACAUACGAGUGCUUGCUUUCGAGGUGGGUAGAAAAAACAAGAUCAGAGUGAACGCCAUAUCCGCUGGUCCUCUAAGAAGCCGAGCAUCAAAAGCAGUUGAAUACAUCGAUUCGAUGAUAGACUACUCACUAGCAAAUGCACCUCUACAGAAACCAUUAUCUGCAGAGGAGGUGGGGAAUGCAGCUGCCUUCUUGGCAUCUCCUUUAGCGUCUGCCAUAACUGGUUCUGUUAUCUGUGUCGACAAUGGUUUGAACGCCAUGGGAGUUGGAGGGGAUAGCCCGACAUUCAAAGGACUGUAUCUUCUAAACCCCAACUGACGACCACCAGAAAAACUGCUGACUGUCAAAACGAAAACGUUCCAGCUGGGCGCCAAGUCUUCGCUCAUUUCUUCUUGUUGUUGCUCCAUAAUUUCUAAGA